AUCGAAAGUACCCAACUGAUCUCGUAUACUGGGACGCUGUCUCGACCCGACCACGACCUCACCAACCAUGUCUGGCAUUGCGCUCCUUCUAUGGUUCCUAGUAUCAGCAGGCAUUGUCGAAUGCAGCACUGACUGCGUAGACGCCACCCUGCCGAAUCCAAUUAACCUGGAAGAGUGCCUUGGAACGUCUCUGGAUAUCUGUGAGGGAACUGAGCAAGAGGUCGUUGAAGCUGUUGUCACUGUGGUCGAGUGCGUGGCUUCUAGGCUGGUGGAUAUAAGCCCCAUAGGCGCACUGGCUGCUUUGAUUGAUCUCGUCGGACUGGUGGUUGGCAGCCUCGGUGUCCUCGGCUCCGAACUCGACUCAGUCACUAACAUACUGACGCCCCUCUGUGCCGUGGUCGACGUGCCUGGAUGCAUCUCGAUGCUCUCCGGAAGCGACACUUGCUACAGGCCGAUUCCAGUGUCCCUUCCAGGAUACCUGGAUAUUGGAGGGUGCCUUGACAACGCUGUGGAUGUGUGUGAAGCCGGCGAGGUUGCUACGGAUGAAGCUCUUAUGAAACUAGUGAAUGCGAUAGUGUGCCUGGUUGGAGAGCUGAUGGACGCAGACGCUGGCAGCGAGAUCGCGACUGCCUUGUCCUGCACAGUCGUCACUUUGGUGGAGAGCGCAGCCUCCAGCGGGGGUCUGUUGACUCAAGCCACAUUGGGUACUCUCACAUCCGUCAUUGGCACCACCAUCACGUGUUAAUGGGCAAAACGUGCGGAGCGGACCACACUGUGCGGCUGCAGAAGUUCUAAUAUCUAUAAUGGAACCCGCAAUGUCAAUAUUCAUAAUCGUGGCUGAUGAACAGUCUAGCUAUAAGGCACCUUUGUAUUCUCUUACAGCGCUCAUGUUACCGCUGCACUGCACAACAUUUUAUCUGGAAGGAGUUGCUUUAUACCAACAAUCAUAUAGCGUUAGCGAACAUGUCUUCAAGAAAAGUCAAGCGCCAUGUGUACAACUGCCCGAAAUAAAUGUACUGCAUGCCAACA